AAUUGUCCUAGUCUAAUAACAUGAAGAAGUGCAACUUAUGUUAAUUUGUUCUGACAUGUUUGUUUUCCUUAAACUAUUUUACACUCAACUUUAUCAUCUUUUUGAUAAUCUUUGUUAACUGUAUAAAAAAACUCUACUGAGCAAUAUUUUUCCAUCUCGUCAUUUUCCUUCUUAUCUUUUUUUAUUCAUCUUUUUUAUCUUUUUCUUCUUUCACUUGUUCUCUCACCUUGUACUUGUUUUUUCUUAUUAUGUUACGUUUUGAAUAAGCUUUUAAACAGUUAUGUCAUUUGGACAGUUUAUUGAAAUAAAACCACAGCUUCUCAAAAGGAUUGAAAGUGCUUUAAAUGCAUCUACAUAUCGUGAUGCAAUUGAAAAUUCAUCUAAAUACAAUAACCAGUUGGUUAAAGAAAGACAAACUCGGUUACCAUUCAUUGAUCAUCAGACAAGGGUAGCUCAAAGAGAUUGCUUCUUAUGGAUGCAUCGUUGGGAAAGGAUGCCUGGCUUUAGUCAUGGUGUAAUAUAUUCUUAUCCUUCUAGAAAGUGGUUAAGAAAAAAGCGAAGUUACCUUAUUGAUCCUGCCGAAGGAAAUGCCAGUAAUAAAGAAUGUGAAGGAACAAACCGAGAUUCUAACAUUGUCAAUGUCGAGAAAAUUGUUAAAAAUGAGAUAAAUGAAUCAUCUCUGGAUAAAUAUGACUUAUCUAAAGAUAAUUGGUUGCACGAUUUUGAGGAUGAAAGUAGUCCUCCAGAUGCUGGUGAGAUUGACGAAAUUAACAGUUCGGAUUCGUCAGGUGAAUAUACACCUAGAAAGCGACGAAAAAAACGAGAGCCUAGCAAAAGACGCAGAAAUCAAAACUCUCACAAUUCACAGAAUCAAUCAACACAUCCUAACUCCAGUCAAAACCAGCCUCAGCAUUCCGUCCCAACAAGCUCAGCUUCUUCUCAACCGACAUCUUCAAGAAAUAACUUGAUAACUGAAACCAAUGAGGAUAACAAACCAGUCAACAAAGACAAAGCCUCGCCUAGCAAAUAUUGUGACUUUUGUUUGGGCGAUUCAGAUGAAAACAAGAAGACCGCAUCAGCUGAAAAGAUGAUUUCUUGUUCUGAUUGCGGUCGAUCAGCCCAUCCAACAUGUCUUCAAUUUACCCCAAGAAUGGUGACAUCUAUCAAAAAAUAUCGGUGGCAAUGUAUCGAGUGCAAGUCUUGUGCAAUCUGUGGUACCUCUGAUAAUGAUGAACAACUACUUUUUUGUGACGACUGUGAUCGUGGUUAUCACAUGUAUUGCCUUGACCCACCUAUCAAUGAGCCACCGGAGGGAUCCUGGAGCUGUAAACUUUGUAUCACUGCAUAUCACGCUAGCAAAAAAUAAUUUAAAAUUUAUAUAUUGGUCAUUUAUUGGGCGUCGCUGCAUUAUAUACCUACCAUAGUCAAAAAUAGUUAAUUAGCAAACUCGAGCUGGUUUUAGUCAAACUCUGCACCACUAUUUCUUUUGCUUAUCACCUAAAUUUUUUAAAUCUUUCAUUUAUCAUCACAUUCUGUACCCACCAAAUCGUCCAAUUUGUUCACAAAUUACUAACAUGUCGUACUUUCAAUGCCUAUCAAAAUAAAAUUGAAUAUUAUCAUAAUUGUUA